CAAAUUUUGGUGAUGGCAUAUGUAUUUGAUGAUGAUAUUUUUAAUGAAGAUUAUGCUUUAGAAGAAUCUGACAGGGAACAGAGUGAUGAAGACAGGAUAGACAGUGAUGUAGAAAUUGCUCUCUAUAGCCAAAUUCAUUUUGCACAAAAUGAAUCCUACGAAGUUAUCCAGAUGAAUGCUUUUACUGAUUCAAAACUCAAUUUGGCUAGCAAUUUUUCGGCCGCAGAAUCCAAAACUUGUAAUAAUAUAGUGCAAGGAGACAUUAAAAAUCCUAUAACGAUAUCGUCGGAUACAUCCAGCAGUUCUGACGACAUCAAAGUCGUGUCCGAAUUCAAGCCCACUAGUUCUGUUGUGCCAGAAGUAAUCAUUUUUGACGAUAAAGACAGUGUUAAUGGUGAAUGUAAACAGAGAAAAAGUUGGCACAAUGAAUUUGUUUCCAUUACUUACAGCGACAAUGAUGAAACUGUUGAAACGCCCAAAAGAGAUGACAUAGCAGUCGUUAAUUUUUUUCCAAAUUCCCCAAACAAAAGUACAGUUUUUAAUUUGAAAGAAAGAUUUUACUUGAAAAGUGCAAACGCAAAGGCAAAGAAUUUAUCGGCAUCUUUGACGAAAGAUGUGGACAGUGAUAGUAGUGAAGAUCUUUUCAAAUAUCCGAGCAGCUCAAAGGAUAAUAUUUGUAUUAACGUGUCUCCUAAUUCAUCUGAGAAUUUUGAAAGACAUAAUGAUAAGUUGUGGUAUGUCAGUAAUCAAGAUCUAUAUCAGUCACAGACGUCGCGGUAUUACAAUAAAACUGCUUACGUAGUGUGUUGUAUAUGUUUGGAAAGAGGACAUAGGAUGAGGGAUUGUACAAAAUCUAAGAAAGAACCCACAUGUUAUCUUUGCGGCUAUUCCGGUCAUAUUGGGAGAAAAUGUCCGAGGAGAAGUUGCGAAAUAUGCUUUUCUCUCAAGCACAAGACGAAGAAAUGUAAAGCCCAUAUAGAAACAGAACUAGAGCAAACAUGUAAAUUAUGUCAGCUUCCAGGACACACAAAAUUUAAUUGCCCAGAUUUUUGGAGAAGGUACCAUUUAACAAGAGAGAAUAAAUGUAUCGUUCAACGUGAAAGAUCUGUAAACAACAAUGCAUAUUGUUACAAUUGUGGGAAAAAAGGGCAUUUUGGAUAUCAAUGCUACGAACUGAGAAUGGAGAGAAUGUUCCCCACCAUUCCCUUUAUUAUGAGUUACAAAAAUCCAUUCAAGAAAGGCAAACAGGAAGCAGAUAGAACAAAAGAAUUGGUUAAAAAACAUAAAAAGAAAAAGAGAAAGAGAAAAUCAAAACAUUCGAAUAGUGACAAUUCUACAUUGCAGACGGACAAAACGAAGAAGCAAAGAGUCAAAAGAAGAGAUUUGGUGUAUAGGAAGAACAGACACUGUGUCAAAAACCCAGCAGAAAGUGACUUGAAUUUUGAGGCCCGUGACUCAGAUUUGCAAGAACGUGGCCACGUUUGUGACAGAAGAAAACAUCUAAGGACAGUUGUGAAAAUUUCUUCUUCUAGAUUUACUACAUUGUAUAAUUUUAUUUAUGUAAAUAAAUUAAAAACUUGACAAUUU